CAUUCAUAGAGAAAGAUUCAUGCGGAUGCGGUUGUUGUUUAUUUGGUUGCGCGAAAUCUUAGCUGGAUAGACUACACUAGUUCAGUGAAUAAGUAAUCAGUGAAUAAGAAUGUAUUUCAUAGGGGUCAUUUGUUACAGCUGGAGAUGUGAGACGUGCGUGUAAAGUGUUGAUUAGCGACUGCGUGAACCUGAUGUUUUAGCUGGCUACUUGUGCUAGCUUACAAAGUUGUGGACAGACUUCUUGGCCAACGUUACUUUCUGCUACAUCACACUAGUUAGUAGGCCUAUAACAGUAACGUUACAGUGUUUCUUAGAUUGUUUUUUUGAUUGUUUUUGGUAAGCUACAGUGUUUGCAAUUGUGGAUGGACUGUUAAUAUGACGGAUAUCAGUAGCCCACCCGAAGAAAGAGAUGCCAUUGAGCAUCUGAAGGAGGAUGAUGAAGAGGACGAGGAAGCUCUACCGCACUCGGAAUUUUUAGACAUUUUUGAAGAAGGCCUGGCUCUGAUAGUUCAGGACCCUCUUCUCUGCGACCUCCCCAUCCAGGUGACGCUAGAAGAGGUGAACUCGCAGGUUGCUCUUGAAUACGGCCAGGCUAUGACAGUGCGAGUCUGUAAAGCGGACGGAGAAGUCAUGCCCAUUGUGGUCGUGCAACAGGCAACAGUGCUACACCUGAAAAAAGCCAUUCGCAGGUACUACGAGCUGAAACAGCAACGCGAAGGAGGCAUCAAGCACAUAAGCUGGAGAUAUGUGUGGAGGACUUUUCAUUUAGUCUAUAACGGUGAAAAACUCGAUGACGACAGUAAAAAACUUAAAGACUACGGGAUCAGAAACAGGGAUGAAGUGACAUUUGUGAAGAAGCUCAGGAAAAAGUGAUACAGCAAUUGAACAUGUUUAAGUUAAUGUGUUGUAUCACCAACAAUCUCAAAAUCGUCGUUUUCUAGGAUGUGUUUGUAUAGCUUACCAUAACACUUGGUUGUGUGUUGACAUUGUACAUUUGUUGAUCAGAGAUGUGUGUUGUCCGCGCCAAUUACAAACACAUCACCUCUGCACUGUCCCUAUGCACAACAACGUAGCCUAUUCUUCUUCAUCAUUAAUAGGCUACACAAAAACAUAGCAUUUGCAUUUGUUUGUUUGUUUGUUUUUACCAUUAUCAGCUGUUCCUUUUUUAAUUAAAAUACUGACUGUUUACAUAGACAAUACAGCUUUUACUUGUA